UAAGGUUUUUGAAAGUCACUGAGGCAAGGCGAAACAAACCACUCGCUUUUACUGCCUCUUAACUACCACAAGAAAGGGAAGUGUGUGAGAUUCAGCCAUGAAUCUGAUAUUGUGGGGGAUUGUGCUCCUUGGGAUUUAUGUCCAGCAAUCAGUUUCACAGGUAGUGUGUUAUUCAGCAUUUUUGGUGUCCACUGGGAAAUGUGAUGGUCUGUUGGGUCAGGUUGAAAAAGACUCCUGUUGCCUGAACCCUAACUAUGGCUACACAGAGGCAGAUGGAGUGUGUAGGUCCUGUGGGCCAGCAACAUGGACUCAGUGGUCUUCCUGGGGCGAGUGCUCGGUGAGUUGUACAGAGGGAGUAAGGCAAAGGCGACGCUCUUGUUACGGAAAUGGUGAUUGCUCAGACCCUAAGAAUCUAGGAACUGUUCAAACUGAACCAUGUGUGAAAAAAAACUGCUGCCCAGUGGAAGGUGGCUGGUCAGAGUGGGGGAAAUGGCAGCCAUGUUCAGUCACUUGUAAAAACGGACUAAAAACAAGGCAAAGAACCUGCUCUAACCCAUUACCACAAUGUGGGGGCUCCUGUAGCGGUGAAGAGAAAGAAAUCGUCUCUUGCGACACUGAAAUAAUCUGUCCGACUCAUGGCGGGUGGUCCAGUUGGGGAGGCUGGGGUCCCUGUCCAGUUACUUGUAUUGUUGAAGGACAUAACAUUCAGAAAGAACGUCGUACUAGGACUUGCACCAACCCCUCUCCAUCCAUGCUUCCACUUGGCAGAGACUGCGAGGGCUCUGACACAGACACCCGCCCUUGCAGCGGACUACCUUUCUGCCCAAUUGAUGGAAACUGGAGCCCUUGGUCAGGUACCACACCCUGCUCUGUGACAUGCGGAGUGGGCCAGCAGAUACAAAGACGGUUGUGUGAUUCUCCUAAACCCACACAUGGUGGCAGACAGUGUCGAGGUGAAGAGCAAAAAGAUGGUCUCUGCACCAUUCAUGUCCCUUGUCCAAUUGAUGGAAUGUGGACCGAAUGGAGUGAGUGGGGAAAAUGUAAGCAACCUUCCACUAGAAACAUCAAUUGUAAAAACAGGGAAGGAAAACGAAGGAGAGACAGGGACUGUGAUGGUAGAAAAUACGAGGGAAAUUUCUGUGAAGGAGAGAUUAUUCAACACGGCAACUGCUAUGACAUUGAUGGCUGUCCAAUGACAGGUGUCUUGUCAGAGUGGAGCCAGUGGAGUUAUUGCAAACCUAACUGUGGACCAGACUCUGCACAAACAAGAGAAAUACAGUGUCUUCCUAACAUCACUGCAUACCGUAUCAAAGACCUCAAUAUAUUCUCAGGAAAGCCAGAGGUGGAUUGUACGGGUUUGGAAAAUCAAACACAGAGAAAACCAUGUAAAAAUGUCCCUGAGUGCAAGGAUGAGGGUGACUGAGCACAGAGUCCAGUAGCUGUUGAAGACAAGAGGACCAGUCGCUGUUCACAGCAGUUAAAUAUUGUGAAAUAUGCUACCAGUACCAACAGAAAAAAAAUACUUGCUUUGUUAGCUUUUGUUAUAUGGAUUGGAUUGAAUGGUGAUUAAUGCACACUUCUGUAAACUCUGCUUUGCUGCCACAAUAAAGUAUUAAAGUAUACUGCAACAUAGUGUAUGUGAUAAAAUUAUUGAUUGCUGAUUAAUGCACACUUCUGUAAACCCUUCUUUGCUGCCACAAUAAAAUAUUAAAGUAAUGC